AUGCCUUGUAUCAGCAAUGUGGCGACUGCGAGCUUCGUGUUCGUCGGAGCCCAAGCCAUGCAGCUGGGUGUUCACGACGGCCAGAUGGGGGCGAGUGAUCCUGCAUGGUUGAAAGGAAUCAGCGCGCAUGGUGGGAUUCAAUGCACCGUCGAUGACGAGUGUGUUGUCGGCUCUGGCGAGGGCUCUUGCACGGUGAUGGUGGACCUCGCGGUGCCGAUUCAGUUGGGCAGCACCGACUCUGGCAACGACUGCGAGGUCAUAUCGGAUGAUCCCGACAUGACAUGCCCAGCCAGGUUCGAGACGCCGCCAUCGGACAUCACCGUCAAGGGGAAGUCGGCGGCGUCGCAUUGGAACCUCUGCUGGAAGCAAGAUGCCCCCAGCACCCAUCGCCGAGCCUAUACCCCAGCCGUGGGGGAUUACUGCUACUAUGUCAACGGUAUAUGCUUCCUGUGGGCUUCUCCAUGCUCUGGCGGGUGUUCCUCAGUCGAUCUUUCCGCGCACACGUCGUUCUGCCCUACGUUGCGCUACGCUACGGAGGCGGAGUUCUUGACUGCUCUGCCUACCCUCAAUGGAAAUCGACCGACCUUCUAUAGCAAAUGCGCAGCCGACAUAUUUGAUCCUUACUUCAGACAUUGCGAUUACAUGAACGACUUCGUGCGAGUGGAGGACAACUCGUGGAACGAAUUGGUCCUCGUAUGUCCGGCAACGGCCCCCGCAACCGGUGGCGCCGGUGGGGCCCCCGCACUCGGUGGCGCCGGUGGGGCCCCCGCACUCGGUGGCGCGGGCUCUGCCGUUGGCGAUCCGCACUUGCAGAACAUCUACGGUGAGCGUUUCGAUCUGAUGAAGCCUGGUAAGCACGUGUUGGUUAACAUUCCAAGGGGAGCUCUUUCGGAGAAUGCGCUGCUGCAAGUAGAGGCUGAGGCACGCCAAAUGGGUGGAAAAUGCGCAGACAUGUACUUCCAAGAGCUGAACAUCACAGGGUCGUGGGUGGCGGCAGCGAAGCAGAGCGGCGGCCUUCACUUCAAAGCGGGCGAGAUGGUAGAGGAAAUACGGGACGAAUUGGGAAGUGUUCGGGAGGGUGGAGCUGAAGGUUGCCCACGGCCGCACCAAGCAGGGCAUCCAGUACCUCAAUUUGUACGUCAAGCACCUCGAUCGUACCGGGCUUGCUGUCGGCGGGCUGCUGGGAGAAGACGAUCACUCGGAGGCGGCGGUCUCGCCCAAGGAGUGUGCGCAGACCCUCUCCCUCAUCACGGUAAGCUCUGA